GCAGUGUGUCAAGUUCUGGAAGGUUUGUUAACAAAUAGUUCGCAUGCGACGGCGCAGACACAGUCAUUACUAGAUGAAUAUGAGGGCCAUUGUUGGCACAACCCAAUAAUGUGGUUUUAUUGAUAUGCCGACAUACCCAUCUCCUGCGUAAAUUAUGGACGAUCUUUCAAAUCUAGAUUGGUCGUCGACCAAUUCUGCCAAAAACUCCAAGCCCUCUCCGAUGAAUCCUAUGAAUCCUAUGAACCCCCCCUCUUUCUAUUCGACCUUGCGUCCGACUCCAUCACCUCAGCCUUCCGGUCGAUCUACGCCACUCUCUACCCAAGCUUCUGGGCUCAACGCCCCAAAGUCAAAUACUUCCAAGCCCACUACUGACAGCUUCAGCAACCUCGUGAGCUUCGGUGGGUCUAAGAACAAUGCCAAUUUAAGCCUUCGAGAACGACAAGAACAGCUCGCGGCCCAGAAACGUCAGAAGGAGGAAGAAGAAAGAAGAAAGCUACAGUCACAAUAUGGAGGUGGUCAGUUUUGGGACAACAUCGCACAAGGCUCUACACCCGCGUCCCGUACAAUCUCUCCCUCUGUUCCACCGGUCAGCAGCGGGUCGGGAUUUCAGAAUGGACACGCCAAAGACGAUGACGAUGAUCUAUUUGCUGCCUUCAACCGAGAUACCAAAGUUGACAACGCGAGUCACUUUCCGCCGCCUGCGCCCCAACAAUCCGGGAAAAGCACACCAGCAAAUACAGCUCAACUCGACCUAUCCAAUGCCAGCGCAUGGCAAAAGCCCACAACUUCAGGUACCGGCGAAUUUGGCGACGAUGACGACCCCUUCGGCUUGAACCAGAUAAAACCUCGACCACAGCAACAGCCAGUUGUUAGUACUGGCGAUGAUGAUGAUUUUCUAGGAGAUCUUGGUAAACCGGUCGAGGAGGUACGACGUAAAGUGCAGGCAACAAAACCACAGCCAAAACAAGAACCAGGAAGGCCCAUUGAUGACUCUGAUUCAGACUCUGAACCCGAAGGACCCCCAAGAGGAGGCAGCUCGGAUCCAUUUGACAAGGCAGUAGCUGAACUAGUUGAUAUGGGAUUCACAGCGGAGAAUGCAAGACGGGGUCUAACAGAAAACGGCACAGGUUUAAAUGUUCAAGCAGCAGUCAGCUGGCUUUUGGAUGAUGCGCACAGACAAGCUCGUAACCAACGAGGCGCCUCAGAGCAUACCACCGAACGAAGUGGAAGAAGCGGUAAUCGAUCUAGAACCCAUGGUAGUCCCGCCUGGGCGGUUAGAGAGCAGGCAGAUGAGAUGCCUUCACGAACGGGCAGCCGGUCACCCGCGUCUGCUGAUGACUUUUCUAAGAAGGCCGCGGCAAUGAGUUCAACCUUAUUCAAAACCGCAAACUCUCUUUGGAAAAGCGGGCAGAAGCAGGUUCAAAAGGCAGUUGCUGAUUUCCAGCAGGAGGGAGGUGAUCCCAAUCAGCCAAAAUGGAUGCGCUCAGCUCAACAGGAUAGGAUGCAUUCUGGAGGCAAUGGAUCUCAGACAGCCACUGAUGAGGCGCUGAUGCUAGAUUCGGGUCUACGGCCGGAGAAACAGCCAGCUAGGCCACCCCAACCCCGACAUAAUAGUUCUCGAGAUCAAUCUCCGGCUUUACCAACCCAGUCAUCUAGGCAUUCCUCGGGGACACCCAAAUGGCAACAAGCAGCGCAGCCAACCUCUCGUGACCCUCGAGCACGAUUAAAUAAGGAGGCUAUUGAAGAGCAAAGCGCGCAAGUCUAUAUUAGUCCUGCGAGGAGAAAGAAGGUCACACCUCAGCCCGUAGCACCGCAACAGGAGCCUGAGGCAGACCUCCUAUUCGAGCAGUCCGCGUCAUCAUCCUCUCAAGCCCGGCCUCAGCGCCCAAGCCAGCCAAUAGCGACGAUCAAAACUCCCACGCCCGCUUCUAGACCUAUUACCCCUCGACCAUCCGCUCCUAUACGGAAAAUACCUAAUGUGUCGCAAUCAGUCUUGGAUGCCUCUACACGACAUCGCCUUGAAGGAACCGCACACUUCAAACGCGGGGAUUAUGAUGCUGCACACACGAGUUACACGAAUUCUCUAGCUGGCAUCCCACAAUCACAUCCUAUAUGCAUUAUCCUCCUUACCAACCGCGCACUUACUGCCUUGAAGACUGGAAGUCCCAAACAGGCUGUCAGCGACGCGGAUGCAGUGAUUGGCAUUAUAGGGUCCUCCCGAGGCGAAGGGGAGAAGGUUGCAUUACCGGAUGGCGAAUCCCGUGAUAUGAAGGACUUAUACGGCAAGGCACUCAGCCGGAAGGCCGAAGCGCUUGAGCAAAUGGAGAAAUGGGCUGACGCCGGGACUGUCUGGCAGCAGUGCGUCGAGGUAGGUGUCGGGGGUCCUAAUGCGAUUGCCGGUCGGCAGCGAUGCCAGAAAGCGCUUGCUCCCAAACCCAAGCCGACACCGAAGCCAGUAAAUGCAGUCAAACCUCGACCGAAAGUCUCUGCUUCAUCAAGUCUCAACCCACAGAAAAGUUCCGAGGCGGUGCAACGGCUUCGAGAAGCGAACAAGGCGGCUGAGGCGGCCGACGAUGAGAAAUUUGCACUCUCCGAGAAGGUCGACGCAAAGAUUGCGGCUUGGCGAGACGGCAAGAGAGACAAUUUACGGGCACUCAUUGGAAGCCUUGACCAAGUUCUGUGGGAAGGCAGUGGUUGGAAGAAGGUCGGCUUACACGAGCUAGUCAUUGCGAACAAGGUUAAGAUACACUACAUGAAAGCCAUUGCCAAGUGUCAUCCUGAUAAGCUACCGCAAGAUGCAGGCACGGAGGUAAAACUCAUUGCCGCAACUGUGUUUGCCACCCUCAAUGAGAGCUGGGAUAAAUUCAAAAGUGAGAAUGGGCUGUAGAUCAAAGCUACUUAGUACCUGAUGGUGGAAGGCAUGACAUAGAGACCGAUAUGUCCAAUUGAACAGAGCGAUGAAAUAAAGAAAUGAGAGUACGAAUUCAUGGUAAACCGAAAUAAUUUUUAGGUGGACGAUUUCUAGAAUCGUGAGGAGCACUAUUCAGUAAGUAAGAGGUAUUCUAGACCAAGCCAGGCCUCGCCUGUAUAGAAGCAGGGGCAACUUAGAUACAUAAAUUAUUGGAAGAGGAAUUCCAGACUUCUUGUCCGGUUAACCAAAUCCGCUGAAUCCUUUAUUUACCUUUACCUAGCUUUGGGCUUUGGGCUUUGGGCUUUGGGUAAUAAAGGAGAAAUGGAAAAUAUCGCACCUACUACUAGUAGUACUCCGUGCCUUUUCAGAACAGCUAAGGCGAAGUCAUGUUGUUGCUAUAUUUCAUACCGGCAGCAUGGAUGGUAGGAUGGUAUAGAAUCCUUAUGGGGUUAUUUUCUAUGGGGGUUUAAGUAUGGGGGAUUUUGGGUUUUCAAUCCCCCCAUAUCCCCAGAAUUCGGAAUAUUCUUAUUAGUAGUGAUUCGCUUCCGUGAUGCAAAAAAAAAAGAUUGUUAAGGCCGAU